AUGGUCAAUUGGAAGUUUUCAUCUCUACUCUUGCUCUCCCUACGAGCUCUCGGCACCGUUGCUGAGCCCGCAGCUGAGAAGCAAGCAGUCGACGAGCCUCAAACACCCAAUCUCAAUGUCGCCGUCUCCGUGUCCUUCCCCCAGUCUGAGAUCUUUGGCGUCAAGCUCAUCAACGGCCAGCCCACGCAGGCGCGUCUGUCCGUGGUUAACAAUGAGCCCGCUCCUGUCGGCGUCACCAUUGUCGGCGGCUCGCUGAUCCAGGAAGUUGCAGGACAAUCCCAGAUCCUUCGCAACCUCACCCGCCAGCGCUACUCGAUCCAAAUUCCUGCUGGCGCCAACGAGACAAUUCCUUACAGCUUCACGACAGAAAUGCACCCUCAGAACCUUCGUCUUCAGCUCGUGACUGUGCUGAAGGAUAGCAAGAAUAACCUCAUCACCGUUCCGGUCUACAACGAGACUGUCAGCAUUGUUGAGGCACCUACCAGCUUCUUCGACCCUCAGAUUAUCUUCCUAUACCUCGUUCUCCUCGGCGCGUUCGGUGGAACUGUCUACUUUGUCUACAACACCUGGAUCUCUACCUUCUUUCCCCAGAAGAAGGGCCGCGGCAAGGGUGGCGAGCGCGCUAAGAUGUCCUCAGGCCAGAGCAAGAAGGUCGAUCCCACCGACCAGGUUGCUGUCGUCGGCGCUGAUGGCCCCGCUGUUACUUCAGGUGCAAAGGCCUACGAUGAGAGCUGGAUCCCCGCCUCCCACCUCCAGCGCCCAGAAGCCAAGCGCGUCCGCAGCGGUGCGAAGCCCCGAGCUUAG